GAACUUUUUUGGGAGAUGAAAAAUUCCAGCCUCAUGGGCCUGUGCAUAUGACCCAUAGGCAGGCGACGACCUCCGCCUCCCCAAUCCGUCCCGGCCGUCUCCUCGCCCGCCGGCCGCCGCCGAUCUCCAUCCUGCCAGCUGAGGUGGCGCCGGCGUCCUCCUGCUCCCGCCGCAUUCGCUCACCGGUGAGCAUCCUAAUCCAUCCCAUCCGGCCUCGGCCUCGGCCUCGGAUUUCGCCUCCUCGCCCGCCGCUUCCGCCGCGAGCAGAGGUGGCGCCCGGCGUCCUCCUGCUUCCACCGCAUCGUCGCUCGCCGCAGGCAGAACUAAGAGAGCAUGGUGGCGAUGGCGCGGUGGCCGUGGAGGGUGCUGCUGCCGCUGCUUCUCCUUCACUCCUCCCCCGUCUUCUUCGUCUUCGCUCAAGAAGGCCAAGAUAAUGAUCCCUCUACUUUGUUCAAACGAGCCUUAGAAAUGAUGAACCUAAGGAAAUAUGAUGGAUCACUUGGUCUGCUAAAUGCUGUGCUGGAGGUUGAACCAAAUCACUCAGAAGCUUACAGGCAGCGUGCAUCUGUGCUUCGUCACAAGUGCAGGUACAAGGAAGCGGAGGGUGACUAUAGCAAAUACCUGGAGCUAAAACCUGGGAGUUCUUCAGUGGAAAAGGAAUUAUCUCAACUGCUUCAGGCUCAAAAUGCAUUAGAGUCUGCUUAUGGCCAGUUUGAGUCUCAUGACUUCUCAAAAGUCCUGGAUUACAUCAACAAAAUUGUGCUUGUUUUUUCUCCAGACUGCUUAAAGGCGAAGCUUCUCAAGGCUAAAGCAUUGCUAGCACUUAAAGACUACUCAACUGUUAUCUCAGAAACAGGAUUUAUUCUGAAGGAAGAUGAAGAUAACCUGGAUGCCUUGUUGCUUCGUGGCCGAGCAUAUUACUACCUUGCUGAUCAUGAUGUUGCAUCCAGGCACUACCAGAAAGGCCUUCGUCUAGACCCUGAACAUUCAGAACUGAAGAAAGCAUAUUUUGGGUUGAAAAAUCUUGUGAAGAAGACUAAGAGUGCUGAAGAUAAUGCUGCCAAGGGUAAGCUACGUGUGUCUGCUGAGGACUACAAGGCAUCCCUAGCAAUGGAUCCAGAUCAUACUUCUUACAAUGUACAUCUUUAUCUUGGGCUAUGUAAGGUUCUGGUUAAACUCGGAAGAGGCAAGGAGGCUAUAAGUAGCUGUACAGAAGCACUCAACAUAGAUGGAGAACUUGUUGAUGCAUUAACACAGAGAGGUGAAGCUAAGCUUCUUACAGAAGACUGGGAAGGAGCGGUUCAGGAUCUAAAAGAGGCUGCCCAGAAAUCUCCCCAGGACAUGGGAAUCCGAGAAGCACUAAUGAGAGCUGAAAAGCAGCUUAAGUUAAGCAAAAGAAAAGAUUGGUAUAAGAUCCUUGGCAUUUCAAAGACGGCAUCAGCUGCAGAGAUUAAGCGUGCCUACAAGAAGUUGGCACUGCAGUGGCAUCCAGAUAAAAAUGUAGAUAAGCGAGAAGAAGCAGAAAACAUGUUUCGAGAAAUUGCUGCAGCUUAUGAGGUUCUUGGGGACGAAGAUAAACGUGUAAGAUACGACCGAGGAGAGGAUCUUGAUGAGAUGAAUAUGGGAGGAGGAGGAGGUGGUGGUUUCAAUCCUUUUGGGGGAGGUGGCCAGCAAUACACAUUCCAUUACGAUGGUGGAUUCCAUGGAGGAGGAGGAUUCCCCGGGGGCGGCUUUCCUGGAGGCUUUCAGUUCAACUUUGGAUAGAAAGUUUACUGCCUGUGGAGUUGGUGUUUGUAUGUUUGUUUGUUUGUUUUAGGAACGCUGAUAAGCUUAACAACAGGUAUUGAUUGUAGGCAGUCAAGCCGAUCGAUCGAGAUGAGCAUCGUAUACAAGUGUUGUUUUAAGCACCAUCAAAUUUUCCUCAAGUUGUAUCCUUCCUUGGGAUUUUCUGACGCAUAUGAUCCAAUUGAAAUAAACUUAGCCUUACAGUGGAGCUAGCUGUUUCACUUUCA